AUGACAAUAGUUGAAAACCAGAGUGAUGAUGGCUCUGUUUUCAUCACUCUCGGCGUUUGUGCAAUGGCAAAGAAAACGAAAUCAAAGCCGAUGAAGGAAAUCCUUCGUCGCUUAGAGAAAUUCCAACACAUCAAAGUGAUAGUCUUUGAAGAAAGGGUUAUUUUAAAGCAUCCUAUCGAAGCGUGGCCUCUAUGUGAUGCUUUGAUUAGUUUCUACUCCGACGGAUUCCCUCUUCAGAAGGCGAUCGCCUAUGCCGAGUUAAGAAGACCUUAUUUAGUGAAUGAUCUUAAAGCUCAAUACGUGUUGAUGGAUAGAAAAAAAGUUUAUGAGUGCUUACAAAUGGAAGGCAUUCCAGUUCCACGUUAUGCUUGUGUUGAAAGAGGAGAUCCCAGCAACCGCGUUAAUGUUAUUGAACACGAUGACGCUAUUGAAGUGAAUGGUGAAAUAUUUCACAAACCAUUUGUUGAAAAACCUUUGAAUGCCGAAGACCACAACAUAUACAUAUACUUUCCAAGCAGUGCAGGAGGUGGUAGCCAGCGUCUUUUCCGCAAAGUCGGCGACCGAAGUAGUAAAUAUUUCCAAAUUAGUACAAUCCGCACUGAAGGCUCUUAUCUCUAUGAGGAAUUCAUGCCAACUGAUGGUACUGAUGUCAAAGUGUAUACCGUAGCCGAUGACUACGCACAUGCUGAGGCCCGCAAAUCGCCUGCCCUAGAUGGUAAAGUGGAGCGAGAUAGUGAAGGCAAGGAAAUUCGUUACCCUGUCAUCCUUACACCACGUGAGAAGAUUAUUGCUAAGAAGGUGGCCAAGGUAGUAAAGCAGCAAAUAUGCGGUUUCGACCUCCUCCGUGCUAAUGGCAUGUCUUACGUCUGCGAUGUUAAUGGCUUCUCCUUUGUGAAGACGUCACGCAAGUAUUACGAUGACUGCAGCCACGUCCUUGGGGUCCUUAUCACUCGUGUGAUAGCUCCGCGACUUUGUCCGCCAGGUCUAGGGCCUUGGAACACGCCAGGUCCAGACGACGAUAUUCCACUCGUUCCCACGACAUGUGGAACUAUAAUGGAGCUGCGUUGUGUUAUCGCGGUCUUCCGUCAUGGCGAUCGAACGCCAAAACAGAAGAUGAAGAUGGAUGUGAGAGAUGAUAGGUUCUUUAAGCUCUUUAACAAAUAUGCUGGCGGAAGAACACUGGAAUUAAAGUUGAAAAAACCAACGCAACUACAAGAAGUGCUAGAUAUUGUGCGAAACAUUCUGGAGGACAUAGAGAGUGGAAAGCUAAAAAAUUCUGAGUUGGAAGAGAAGAAGGCCAAAUUUGAACAACUCAGGUACGUGCUUCUUUACUUAAGUCAUUCUCAUUUCGGUAAUGGAGGGAGAGAGAGAGCGAGGGAGAGAUUGAUACUUCUAAUUAAGCGAUGCUAG